CCAACCGCUAACCGAUAAUUUAAUUCCCAAACCCUUCUUUAGUCAAUAAUCUGUCCCCGAUAUUUAAUUCCAAUUUGAAUUUGAAUUUUGUUGUUUCCUAGCAAAAAGCAUGGAUAUCAAGAAAAAGGAUGAGCAGCCACUCACAACCAUCAUGGCCGACGACAUUCACCACAGGAAACGCAAACGCCGGAGAUGCAUAUGUUUGUCGGUAAUCGUUCUUAUACUUGUCGUCGCUUUAAUCAUUCUGAUUCUAGCUUUCACCGUCUUCAAAGUCAGGAAAGCCGUCACCACCGUCAACUCCGUCCAGAUCAAUGAUUUUGACGCCUCUGUUAACCUCCUUCCACCUAGGGUUUCCUUGAACGUCUCACUGGAUCUCGACAUCUCGAUUAGAAACCCUAACAAGGUCCGGAUCAAGUACCGAAACAGCUCCGCGAAUCUCCUGUACAAAGGCCAAGUCGUUGGUGAUGUUCCUAUUGCCGCCGGCGAGAUUGGAUCCGGUGAUACCAAGCGCUUGAAUCUGACACUCACGGUUUUUGCCGAUCGGUUGCUGACGAAUUUGGAGGUUUAUGCUGAUGUCAUCCGCGGUCACUUGCAGGUGUCUACCUACACUAGGAUCUCGGGUACGCGACUUCCAGGUACGCGACUUCUAAUCGCCGACUUCUCAUCCCGAUUUCAAUCGACUAUUUCAAUCGACUUCCAAUCGACUGUUUCAAUCGACUUCCAAUCGACUGUUCUUUACUUACUUGUGCGUCGAUUUGAUUUCGUAUGUGUUACCAUUUCAGUUUGUGUUCGAAUCGUACAGAUUUAGCAGGUUUUUCAGUUUUUUGUUCGAAUCGUCGAUUUGAUUUCGUAUGUGCUACCAUUGCUGAAUGUUGUUGUUGUUGAUGAAUUAUUAGGGUUGUAGUGGUAGUAGGACCAGUGUAUUCUUUAGGAUGAUUGCUUGAUUGUGUCUUGUGUUAGAUUGAACCAKAGAUGCACAU